UCGGAGCUCGGAGCCAAGAGAGAAAUCGUGUGACUACGGAAAAGCAAAGUGCCUGAGUCGAAUUGGAAAAGUACACUAUUGCAGAACUGUGACCAAUUCAACAUAGCAAAGACCCUGGAUAUGGCUACGUCUAUACUUGGGGUAAGGCGACAAAAUAUUGGUUUUCAAUUACGUGCGUAAAACAUGCCUAAAGUAGGCUUUAUACUUUCACACUUACUAAAAAGUAUAGGCUACUUUGCGGUCAUUAUUCUUUUAUCGUUGAGUUUUGUUGUUACUGUAGGUAUUGAAAGUGCUUGUUUAGAUGUAAUUGUGACUCAAGUAUCUGUUUAUAGACAACUUUCCUCAAUCAAAAUAAUUUGAGCUUUUGCUAACUUUCAUAAUAGGUUACCCACAUGAGCAAACUUUCGAGACCUGCAGUAAACUCUCCACUGAGUGACAUUACUGUAUUUCCUCCAUGAUUGUGUCUGUUUAUUUGGUUCAGUGGAUAUUUAGCUCACAUUUCGAUACACUCUUUAUGAAUGAACAUUUUUCACUAAUUGCUAUCCAAACAAGCACAACAACCGAACGGUUAGACGACCACAUAGGCAGACGCAAAUUAUACUUAUAGAAAAUACAUGUAUCUUAUUUACAGAAAGAAAAUUGUAGCUAAAUGUUGCUUGCAAUGUUCUAAAGUACAUUGAUGUAUGUCUUUGCAGGAAGAACCACGAUUUGGAACUACACCUCUAGCUAUGCUGGCUGCUACUUGUAACAAAAUUGGCAAUACCAGUCCCCUUACCACUCUACCUGAUUCCAGUGCUUUUUCAAAAGGCGGAUUUCAUCCUUGGAAAAGAUCCUCUUCUAGUUGCAACUUGGGAUCCAGUCUCCCUGGAUUCACUGUAGCAACAAGCCGCGGAUCGACCGGACUAACAUCAACUACUGGCACAGGCAACAGCGCGUUCUGCUUAGCCUCCACCUCCCCGACCACCUCUGCGUUUUCCACAGAGUACAGCAGUCUGUUUUCCAACUCAGCGAGCAUUUCGUCCCAAGAGUCUGGGCAGUCAGCCUUCAUCUCCAAAGUCCACACAUCAGCAGAAACCUUGUACCCGAGGGUAGGGAUGGCACAUCCGUAUGAGUCGUGGUACAAGUCUGGUUUCCAUUCAACCAUCUCGGGCGAUGUUACUAAUGGGGCGUCCGCGUGGUGGGACGUUCAUACCAACCCUGGCUCAUGGCUCGAGGUCCAAAACCCUGCAAGCUCGCUGCAGACCUCCCUGCACUCCGGGACCCCCCAAGCCAUACACUCUCAGCUCAGUGGCUACAACCCUGACUUCUCCACUUUGACACAUUCGGCAUUCAGCUCAACCGGUAUAAGUCCCACGGCAUCGCAUCUUCUAUCAACUAGCCAACACCUGUUAACACAAGAGGGAUUCAAAACAGUCAUUCCAACAUACACGGACGCCUCUGCCACCAACGCUAUGAUUUCGGGUUCCAGUUCUGGUUCCUCAAGGUCAUCCAGGAGGUACUCCGGCAGAGCCACAUGCGACUGUCCGAACUGUCAGGAGGCUGAGCGGCUGGGGCCUGCAGGGGCCAGCCUCCGGAGGAAAGGACUUCACAGCUGUCACAUUCCAGGCUGCGGUAAGGUGUAUGGCAAAACCUCUCAUCUUAAAGCGCAUUUGAGAUGGCAUACUGGCGAGCGGCCCUUUGUCUGCAAUUGGCUUUUUUGUGGCAAAAGGUUUACAAGAUCAGAUGAACUUCAGAGACACCUCCGUACCCACACCGGUGAGAAAAGGUUUGCUUGCCCAGUAUGCAACAAGCGCUUUAUGAGGAGCGACCAUUUGAGCAAGCACAUUAAAACCCACACUGCCGGUGGUGGAGAAGGCAAAAAGGGAAGCGACAGUGACACCGACACCAGUAACCUGGAGACCCCCAGGUCCGAGUCCCCAGAACUCAUUUUAGACGGGGUAAACCCGAGAAUCAAGGGCCCAUCUCCUCAUGACGAGCCCUGAAUGGCUGUUAUUUGAAUGACCUUGAAACUAACUUUAUAAAGCAAAUUACCAGUAGGCUAUCAAAACUGGUACAUGUAUUAAAAACGGGUCUGGGUUUGAGAGACAGUAUUGGACGAAAAUAAGAUUUUACGCAAAGCAUUUGAAAAUAAUAAUAAUUUGAUCUUAAUUGAAUAUGUUCAACUCGUUAUUCACCAUCAAACGAAAAGGAUAAUUAUUCUAUAUUAUAUGAAAUUACUUAACUAUAAAGCUGUCAACUUAAAAAUUAACCGGAGUACUUUUUACGAUCAGUGCGUAAAAGGGGCGAGCUAACCCAAAUGAACUUGGUUGGCCCAUGUGAGUCGCCAUCAUAUUGUACAUAUUGACAACAAACGAUGUGUUAUUUUCAUGUAAAUGUGAAUUAUGAUUGUUUCAUUCGUGUUUGGGAUCCUGGAAUUCAGGGAGUUUACUUUCAAUGCACUUUGUGGAUAUGUAUGUACACAGCUUUUUCAAUUCAGUUAACCAUUUCAUUUCUUUGCUACAAAUAUAUAAAUGUUUACUUGUAUAAAGUCACACGUAUAAGCCUUUC